AUGCAGGCCGCCAUUGUGGAGCUCAAGGUCUCCAUGCACUGCAAAGCUUGCGAGAGAUCGGUCCUCCAUUCCCUGCGUUCUCUCAAAGGUGCAAGUUAAGGACAUAGAGAAGAUGAAGUAGAAGAAGAAGAGAUGAGUGAUCGGUCGUGUUGAUUCUCCUUGUUGUUGUUGUUGUUGUUGUUCUUCUUCUUCUUCUUCUUCUUCCUCAUUUUUGCAGGCGUGGAGGGGAUCUCCACGGACAUGAACACGCAGACGGCCGUCGUGAAGGGCCGAGUUGACCCACAGAAGAUCUUGAAGACACUCAAGAAGCGGACGGGCAGGAGAGUCGAAAUCGUGACGAAGAGGAAGGGCGACGAAACUGGCGACAACGUCGGCGGCGGCGGGGCGGUGUCUUCCUCGUCGGGCGGCUCUCAAGGCCUCGACUGCGGCCGUCCGACGGGCGGCGAUUCCGGCCACGAGCUGCUCGUCAGCGUCGACAUGUUCAGCGACGAGAAUCCGAACGCCUGCUGCAUCACGUGA